GUGGGGAAAUAUGUUUCAAGCCAAUCCACUAACCCGCGCAAUGCAGUUCCAACUUCCACCUCCCGCAACUGCCAAUUUGCGCUGCUAAUCUUCCACCUCCGAUUCCUAUUCCUAACUGUAAGCUCCUCUCCACCCCCGUUGCAAUGAGCCUCCACCUGAUAGAUUCAACUAGCCUGAGCUGGACAUCGUCAUCCCUUCUAAUCCCUACCACCCGCUCGACAAAAGUCCUCACUGAACCAAAGAACUCAUCAGACGCUCCGUCGUUGCUAAUAGAAUCAGCGAAACGGAGCUCUCGAUCUCCCUCAAAGGGUCUGCAGAAGCAACCCAAGAAGGACCUAUCUCGGAUUCUGAGAACAGAGGCGGCCAUUAAAGCCAUCGAGAGAAAAGCUAACUCAACCAAGUACAAUCAGCUGUGGCCCAAAGCGGUCCUGGAAGCUCUCGACGAUGCUAUACGAGACAAACGCUGGGAGUCUGCUCUCAAGAUUUUCGGUCUUCUUCGUAAGCAACACUGGUAUGAGCCGAGAUGCCGAACAUACACAAAACUGUUAGUGAUGCUAAGCAAGUGCAAGCAGCCGAAACAAGCAAGCCUUCUUUUUGAGAUCAUGCGUUCUGAUGGGCUCCAACCCACUAUUGAUGUGUACACGGCACUUGUUAGUGUAUAUGGUUUCAGUGGCCUCCUUGACGAGGCAUUUCAUACUCUCGAUGAUAUGAAGUCAGUUUCUGACUGCAAACCAGAUUUAUAUACGUAUUCAAUUCUUAUCAAAUGUUGCACAAAACUACAACGUUUUGAUCUCAUUGAAAACAUACUCGUGGAGAUGUCAUACGUGGGAAUUGUAUGUAGCACUGUAACCUACAACACUAUAAUUGGUGGAUAUGGUAAGGCCGGGCUGUUUGAACUGAUGGAAAACUCAUUGACAAACAUGAUUGAAAGUGGCACAUGCCUUCCUGACGUUUUCACCUUUAAUUCUGUCAUAGGGGCUUAUGGGAACUAUGGGAAAAUGAAGGAAAUGGAGAAGUGGUUUGACAAAUUUCAGCUAAUGGGGAUAAGGCCUGACAUAAUGACGUUUAAUAUCCUGAUUAGAUCAUAUGGGAAAGCAGGCAAGUAUGAGAAGAUGGAUUCAGUUAUGGAGUUUAUGAGGAAAAGGUUCUACUCCCCGACUGUUGUCACUUUUAACAUAGUUAUUGGAACAUUUGGGACAGCUGGAAAUAUUGAGAAAAUGGAAGAAUUCUUUCUGAAAAUGAAGCAUCAGGGAAUUAAGCCCAAUUCUGUCACUUAUUGCUCUCUCGUUAGUGCUUAUGGUAAAACUGGGUUUUUGAAGAAGGUUGACUCAAUCAUGAGGCAAAUAGAGAAUUCUGAUGUAGUUCUGGACACUCUAUUUUUCAACUGUAUCAUUAGCGCUUAUGGUCUGGCUGGUGAUAUUAAAAACAUGGGUAAGUUAUUCUUGACAAUGAAAGAGAGAAACUGUAAACCAGACAAUAUAACAUUUGCUACCAUGAUCCAAGCCUACACCGCACAGGGAAUGGUCGAAGCUGCUGAAGAUUUGGAGAAAAAGAUGUUCAUAGUUGAGAAUAAUUCAGCAGGAGUGAUGUUAAUAGGAGACUGAGAUGAGCAAGGGAAAUUCUGGUCCAAGUUUUGUGAUUAGUUUCUGCAACAGUGAAACAGGGAAAUCUGCUUGUUUCCUGAACCACUGGUGCAAACAGAACUGGUUUCACUGUGGAACCAAUAUUUAUGGUUCAUUCAUGACUUAAGAACAGAAAGGAGGGAUGGCUGGAUCCCUUGUUUGAUUGCUUGGCAUACUUUGCAUUCCUGUUAGAGCUGUGGUUGCAAUUUAGGAGUUUUUUUCAUCAAGGUCAAUCACUCAUCUGUAUAGGAUAUCAUGCUGUUCUGGGAAUUAAUGGAGAUGACAGUGAUGCCAAUAAAGGUUUGAGGGAGCUACAGAAUGGCUGCCUGAAUAUGAAGAGACCAGAAAGAGUUUUCCCAAAAUUUGCAUCUGUCAACAGGUCAGGAUCCUCUCCUUGUGCUCUUUGUCCUUCUUUAGUUGUUUUAGUUACCUUUGGCGUGGAAUUUCAUGCGUUGAGUCUCAUUGACAAUAUCAAAUGGAAAGAUGGAGUGUUGUUUCUAGAGAUUAAGGUUGCUGUAUUCUAAUAUAAUGUAUUAGUAAGCCCUUUUAGGCAAUCUCCGUUCAUCUUGCCUAUAGCAUUAGGGUAGAUUCAUUUACGAUGGUUUGGGGACAUUGUUGCCCGGAAUCAAGAAUCAUGAAAAUAAUAUUUUUCAAAGAAUAUUGUCAUAUAAAAAUGCUAUCAAAAUGGUUUGGUAGUGACAGUUUUGUGUGAGAUACUGUAAUUAGAAUUUUACAUCCUUGAUGGUGUAUGAACUAAUAAUAAUAAACAAUGAAUUGAUUUAACUCAAUGGUGGAAUUGUCAGCGCCCGGAGACAUAUGGUAGCAAUUUUAAGACUUGUAAUGGGAAAGCUUUUUGAUACUCGAGAAUGCUACAGGGCUCGUGGAAGUAAAAAAAUAUAUAAAUUCACGUACAAACCCAUUAUGAAUGUAAGGGCGACACAAUGUUAACGACAGUAUGGGUACAGAUUGCUGUUUUCUUGUAUUUAGGGACUUGGCCCUUUUAUACUUGAUAAAAUAUAAUUUUAAUAAAUAUCUUGGUAGUCACAUACUUACUAAAAAAGAGUAUUUAGGUAGUUUCUUAUCAUUCAUAGUGAUGCAUGUACAUUGCGAAUGUUAUAGGGGAGCCCAUUUUUUCAUUUGGAAUUAGGUUUUAGAUAUUUUAUCAUCAUCACUAGAUGCUUUGCUUGGCAAAUGAACAUGUGAAGAAAUUGACGACCAACUUCCAUUGUAAUUGCCUCACUAUAGCCCAUGGGAUGCAGCUAGGUAGAAUUUAGGGUAGUUUGCAUUCAUAUUCAUUAUAUAUGUUAAUAGGGUAGUUUACUAUACCCUAGGUAGAGUUUAGGGUAGUUGUUUUUAGUUUAUUUGUCCUAUAAUAGUAAGUUAUGUGUGAUCCAUAAGGGUUAGCCCAACAUAUCCCAUCAGCUAGACCUAUAUAGGUCAUCUCUCUUGACCCAUGGAGUCA